AUGUCUAGCAACAUUAUUGCAAGCAUUCAACCGGCUAAGGAAAGGUUAAUCAAUCUUCUUAAAGAAAUAAAUCAACUGGAGAUCAAAUCUCCAGAAUCAAGUAUGACAAUAGAAGAAAAAGAAGAUUUUGGUAUAAUAGGAAAAAGAUUAUUCGAAGAUAAACUUCAAAGAAUCCAAUUAUGCGUAACUACGCUUGAAUCUAUCAAUGAUAAAUGGCUUACAUAUACUCAACAAUGA